GUUAUUAUAAUAAAGCAGCCAGUCUGCACUCAAACUUCAAGUCGCAAGUUUUGAUUGCAUCCGAGUACAAAACAUCAAAGUGGCCAGCAAGGUGGGGUAGGGCUUCACAUUUUGGUUUGAAAUUAGUGGUGAAGGUUACGAUUAAUGUAAAUCUCAAAUUAGGAUAAGAAGUCAAGAUUACGAUGAGAAUUUCAGGCAAUGACUAGGAUUCAGGACAUAGUUAGCGUUUCAAUCCAGGUUUAGUAUUUCAAGACAGUGGCUUUCAAAAUGAUCAUUUCAGGCCAAGAUUAGGGUUAAAACUUCGGGUUUCAUAUUCCUGUUAGGGUUCUGAAUCCGAUCCCAACCCUCACUGACAGGAAGCGGACCCCAACCACGUGACUUGCGCUCAGACAAGAGGCGAACAGGAGGAUGAGUGGGCGGGUCCUUUUACGCGUGUGGACCAAUCAGAUCGCAAAUAACUUCUCGCAGCAGCAGCUCCACUAAGGAGGAGGGAUGGAAGAAAAAAAGGGCCGCAGAGGAGACGAAUAACGGUACCGACCCUCGAGCUGGUUCUUAGCCUUUUUUUCUCCUGCACCGAAUGUCGCGGGGGACCUUUCAUGGCGUCGCGGCGCUGCUGACGAGCGUUCAAAGAGCAUCGUGGAAAUAAAGAUGGCCUGGAUUUGGAAGAGAAAGUCGGUGAUCGCCACCGGACUGGUGGCGGCGGUGUCGCUCUUCCUGCUGGCCGUCCACCUGGCCGAGAAGCCCUACUUCCCGUGGCAGCCCGCAUUAGGCGAGGCAUUGGGCAGCCACUGGGCGCCAUCCAAGCAACCGUACCAGGCUUUCAAACCUCAUCCAGGAUACGUCAGCAUCCCCAAACAGGAACCCUUGAAGCUCAAGUGCGAGCUGUGCAGCGUGGUGUCCAGCUCGGGCCAGAUGCUGGGCCAGGCGGCCGGGGCGCUCAUCGACCGCUCGCCGUGCAUCUGGCGCAUGAACAACGCGCCCACGCGGGGCUUCGAGGGCGACGUGGGCCGGCGCACCACGCUGCGGGUGGUGUCGCACACCAGCGUGCCGCUGCUGCUGCAGAGGCCGCAGCACUUCUUUGGCCAAAACAACCAGACGCUCUACGUGGUGUGGGGCCCGCUGCGCAACAUGCGCACCGACGGCAAGGGAGUGGUGUACAACAUGUUGCGCAAGGCGGCCGACAACUACCCGCACGCACGCAUCUACGCCACCACCGACGACAGGAUGAAUUAUUGCGACAUGGUCUUCAAGAAGGAGACGGGCAAGGACAGGAUCCAGUCAGGGUCGUACCUCAGCACAGGCUGGUUCACGCUCAUCCUCGCCAUGGACAUGUGCAAAGAGAUCCACGUCUACGGCAUGAUCAACGACACCUACUGCAAGACCGAAGGCUACCGCAAAGUCCCUUACCACUACUACGAGGCCGGCAGCCGGGACGAGUGCGCCGAGUACUUGUUGCACGAGAGUGCCCCGUACGGAGGGCACCGCUUUGUCACCGAGAAAAGUGUGUUCGCCAAGUGGACCAAAAAGCACGCCAUCAAGUUCUUCAAUCCACCCUGGCAGCUGUCGUGACGCUCAAAAAGGCUUAUUCUGCACUUCAUUGGCUUUUUGCUUGUUUGGCCGACACCGGACCCUUCUUGUCAUUGACGUCAUGCAGUGGUCCGGCCGAGACUUUUUUGGAAGUGACGACCCGAAGGAAAGAAACUGUGAGUUGGUGAUAGAAAGAUGUCGCGGUAAGCCGUGGCAAGUCGUGGUCAUGGUAAGGCGGCUGCAGAAUUGAUGGCGCCAUCCGAUUGGGCCACAAGUAAAGGCAGCGAGCGACAUGGGCACUCCAAACCCUCACAAAGCAUUGGAGGGUUAGCACUUUUUUUUAGUUUGCAGUGCAAGUUGCGCAGCCAUUGUUUUAACAACAGGAAGAAAAAAAAAAGCCCGUUUUGUGGAUGUCACAGGAGGCACAGUCUGGCGGGUUCAGAAUCCACUGUCUGCUGAAUGAGACACUUGUGAAGGUUGAGGCAAAAAGACGUUGCCACUCCAAACCUUCCUCAGCCUUUGAGUGCCGUAUUUUUCUUUUGUGUUUUUGCAGUGCAAAUCAUGCAGUAGUCCAGCAAAUACGAUGAACUUUUUAACAAGGACUAAACUGAAGGAAGAAACUGUCCGUUUGCCAGUUAGCAGCUUUUGCGGAGUGCAAACUUAAGCCAAUCCUAAUCGCGGAACCAACGCUCUGCUCUG